AUGUUCGCAAGACCCGUGUUGUCCGUCCUUUUCGUAGCUCUUGUUAUUGGAAUGGUUUUCAAAUUAGAAAACACAUAUCGUGGUUUCUUUGAAUGGAAUGGCUGGGCAUGGAUUGCACGAGUGUCCUAUUCGGCAUACGUCUCACAUGCAACCAUUUAUCGGUUGUUGUGUGGGAACUCAACUUCCUUGAUAAAAAUAUCACUAUUUUCGGUGGUAUCCCUUAUCGGAAUGGGGGUUCUCGCUUUUAUGGUCGCGACCGUUUUCUGGCUAAUAUUGGAAGCGCCGGUGAACCAAAUCGUUAAGAUUUGCUUCGAAUCCCCAGCGAAGAUUACACAACAUGAAAACAACGUAGACGAUAAACAGGAC